AUGGCCGACGAAACGGGUGAAGUGCGGUCGCUGUUGAUGCGUCAUCGGUUGUCGAUUGUGCGUGAUUUGAUCGGUACGAGUUUGCUGCAGGUGUUGCUAAAGGCCGGCGUCCUUACGGCCACCCAGGAGGAACAGCUGACCGGCGAGCCGAGUCUGGAUGCGCGGUGCGAUCAGCUUAUUGAGCUGGUGGCUCGCGACGGGUUCGAAAAGUUCAAACAGUUUUGCUACGCCAUCGAGUCCGAGUGUAGCCAGCUGAUUUCGGACCUGAUCAACGAUAAACUGUCCCAGGUGGACGGCGAUGAUGAUGAUGGUCAUGGUGUGACCAAUGUUGGCACCGUUCCGUCCGCACCGAAUCCUGUCGUACAGCCUCCAGCAGACGGCAUCCCAUUUGCCACAACGGAAGGGAUGGAUAUCGUUCUGUCGGGAGUCACGCACGAUGAUUCGUCUCUCAAGAAUGGCAGAGACACAAUUGAUUCGAAUCGUUCGCGAAGAAGCACAAGCUACUGUGGCACAUCUACACCGACACCUACAACGGCUCCGAUCAGCAAUACCAUUUCUUCGCGUCGUUCCUCACUCAUCUCGGCAACCGCAUCCGCCGCAAGUAGUCAGCAGCAACCACCACCAAUACCACAGUUACCAUCGAAAACGGCUGUAGCCGGUACGGCAACCCAUAUUGAUCUUGCUGGCUGUGAGAGCAAGUUUGCCGUGUCGAACAACAACUUUAACAACUCGUCGAUAAGCAAUGGCAGCAGUAGCAGUAGUAACAAUCACAACAACCAAAGCAACAACCAUCGAACGUCGAACGGUGACAGUUCCGUUAAUAGCAGUAGUGCGACCACCACCACCAACGGUGUACCCGACGCAAGUGUGCUCCGCAGUAUCCGGCAGGCGUUGGGUCAAGGCCACUUGCCACCGUCGAGCAAGCGGCUGCAAAAGUCCGAAUCGGCCGCCUACUCGUACUUCAAUCCAAAGCGGUUUAGCUCACCACCGUUCGGGGAAAUGGCCGGCGGUGGCACCACCGAUCGGAGGCUAAACUUGAAGAACAAAACGGCCAGCCUGUUUCGGAGCAAAUCGAAAAAGGAACAGCGAACGUACCAGCGGUCGGUGAAUGAAACGAUCGAGGUGCUGGCAGAUCAGGUGGUCGAGGAUGAGAAGGUGCUGGAAAGAACGUCCUGGGAUUACAGCACGGUAACACUUUCCCGAGUUACCGGAUAUGGGUUUGGCAUAGCCGUUUCGGGCGGACGUGAUAAUCCGCACUUUGCGAACGGUGACCCAUCGAUUGCGGUUAGCGAUGUGCUCAAAAAUGGUCCCGCCGAGGGUCAACUACAAGUUAAUGAUCGAAUCAUUUCCGUAAACGGUGUGUCUUUAGAAAAUGUCGAAUAUGCCACAGCCGUACAGGUGCUGCGUGAUAGUGGCAAUACGGUGACACUGAUGGUGAAACGGCGCGUACCGAACCACAGUCUGAUGCAUCCACUUCCGGGUGCGAAUAUGCAUGGGAUGGCGGCCACCGGACCUGGCGGAGUCGUCGGGAUGUCUGGUGGACCGGGAGGGCCCGGCGGUGGUGCGAUCGGUGGCCUACCGACGAGUGUUGUUGGCAUGAAUUCACAUCAACACCAGCACAGUAUCAGCUCGACUGGGCUAGGGCUCGGUGCAAACAAUGGAUCUCAGCAGCAAAUCAAAGUAAUCGUCACGAAGGCGAACAAAAAGGACGACUUCGGGAUUGUCCUCGGCUGUCGAUUGUUUAUACGGGAAAUAUCAUCCAAGACUAAAGAUCAACUGGCAGCCAAUGGAUAUUCACUGCAGGAAGGUGAUCUGGUCACACGCAUCCACAAUACCAACUGCAAUGAUUCGAUGAGCCUGAAAGAGGCGAAAAAAAUCAUUGAUGGAUGCAAGGAGCGGUUAACGCUCGCUGUGCUACGCGAACCGAACGGUAUUAGCGGGAACUAUGGGACAGGCGCUGGUGGUGGUACGGCAUCAGGGAUGCAAUCGCCCGUCUACUCACACACGGCCCAGGUCUCGAAUUGUAGCAAUAUGGAUGAGAAUUAUCUGAACGGAACGGGCGGUGGUUCAUACUCUGGCCAAAAUUUGUAUGUACAACCCCCGACGAGACCGUCCGCCAUGAGCACACUGCUGGCGGAUGAUAAAAGCAACCUAACGCCCAGAGGACGUUCCCGAGGGCCGCUGACAGAUAUUUCACUACAGCAGCUCGAUCGUCCCAGUACGCCACCGGGCACGUCUAGUCGUACCGCGGAUGGUGGUGCUGCCGGCCAUUCCCGAUCGCGCAGUGUCGUCGACGAGCCGCCAAGACCACCACCGCCUAGGGGUGAAGAUUUCUACGCCUCACGGCGUCAGCUCAUGGACGAAAAGCCUCCGACGUCAGAACCACGCUACAUCACAUUCCAAAAGGAGGGCUCGGUUGGCAUUCGGCUGACGGGCGGUAACGAGGUAGGCAUCUUUGUGACGGCCGUCCAGCAGAACAGUCCCGCCUCCGCACAGGGUCUAGUGACGGGGGACAAAAUACUAAAAGUGAACGAUAUGGACAUGAACGGAGUUACCAGGGAAGAGGCUGUCCUCUUCUUGCUUAGCUUGCAAGAUCGCAUCGAUCUGAUCGUACAGUACUGUAAGGAGGAGUUCGACAGCAUUACCGCCCAGCAGCGGGGAGACUCGUUUCACAUCAAGACGCACUUCCACUGCGAUACACCGACUAAGGGUGAACUGUCCUUCAAGGCGGGCGAUGUGUUCCGGGUGAUAGAUACACUGUACAAUGGGGUAGUUGGUGCCUGGCAGGUGCUACGCAUCGGACGUGGCCACCAAGAGCUGCAGCGCGGUGUCAUUCCUAACAAGGCCCGGGCCGAGGAGCUGGCAACGGUGCAGUUCAACGCAAGCAAGAAGGAACUGAAUGCAUCCGAGUCGCGGGUUAGCUUUUUCCGAAGACGCCGCUCAACGCAUCGCCGAUCGAAGUCACUGUCGCGCGAGAACUGGGACGAUGUAGUGUUCUCGGACGCCAUCUCCAAAUUCCCGGCCUACGAGCGUGUCGUACUGAGGCAUCCGGGUUUCGUUCGUCCCGUAGUGAUCUUCGGCCCGGUGGCGGACAUUGCGCGUGAACGUUUGAUGAAAGAUUUCCCCGACAAAUAUACGGCACCGCUGCAGGACGACGAUAAGGGUUCGUCCAAGUGUGGUGGCAUUGUGCGGCUGUCAAACAUUCGUGACAUCAUGGACCGGGGAAAGCAUGCGCUGCUCGAUGUAACACCGAAUGCGGUCGAUCGGCUGAACUAUGCGCAGUUCUACCCGAUUGUGAUAUUCCUGAAGGCGGACACAAAGCACACGAUCAAACAGAUGCGUCAAGGGCUGCCCAAGUCAGCACACAAGAGCAGCAAGAAACUGUUCGAGCAGUGUCAGAAGCUGGAACGCGUCUGGUCGCACGUGUUCAGCACGACGAUCAACCUGAACGAUCCGGACACGUGGUAUCGCAAGCUGAGGGAUUCGAUCGAUCAACAGCAGAGUGGUGCCGUAUGGAUGUCGGAGACGAAGCCGGUAGAAUCCUUGUCAGAUGAUUUCCUUUUCCCCAUGACCACAUCCCGUCUCUCUUACGCCUCGAGUCCAGAAUCGGAUCUGGAACUGAGCCCGGGCCCGUCAGCAUCACUCUCAUUGGGCAACUUGCCCCAGUUGGUGAAAUCCAGCUCUGAUCCAUCGAUUGCCACUAAUCAGGAUAACUUGGAUAGGGAUAGAGAACUCGGUGACGGCAUGCCACCACCAUACACGAAUCCCUACGAACAUGCGCCUCACUCCCGUCGAAUGACCGUUGAUAACAAGUACGGAUUUUCAUCGAGCAAAAAUGGUGGUGGUGGCGCUGGUGCACCAGCAAUGAAUCCUGAAGAUGCCAUUUACGGUUCGUCCACUGCACGUGCUGCUCCACCGUUACAAGGUUCAUCGAAUGGUCCACACUUUGGGGCAGUUCCAGAUUUACCUCCUCGCAUUGAUAGAGCGUCUAAACCGCCUAACGCCCCCGGAGCGCCCAGUACAUCCGGUUCCUCGUUGCCUUCGCGUAAUUCCAGCUCCGGCGGAGGAACGCUCGGGCGUUCGGCACAGGAACGUCUGUUCGGCAAUGGGAAACAAUCGUCCGGUGAUGCGCUACAUGAUCCCACGUCGGCGCACGAUGAGUACAGCAGUAGAUCUCAACUGCUAGGACACGGAGGACCCGACAAACGACAGGUGCUUCCACCGUUGGUAAACGGUACGCAGGGCACUGCCAGCUCACUGGAGCGUAACGCAAACACAUCGCUGGAUCGUAGCGGAGGCGGAGGUCGCACGGCCGGUGGCCAUCACCAUCCGGCAGCCGGCAGCAAUCCGAACACGUCGAGCAAAGCGAACGGAUCGUACGACAGUGUGUCGAGUUACGAUUCGUACAACACAUCGUCGCAGCUGACCGCACAGAAUAUGAGGUUAGGACCCAAUGCACCCGAUGAUCUGAAAUCGGUGCCCAAUAAUCGUAAUGGACCUCACCCAAUGGGAGGAAACGCAUCUGGUGACUAUGGAAGGAAUCCGUCAAUGAAUAACGCCUCGUCCGAUAUGCUGCUAACAACAGCUGCUAGAAGUAACUACAACGGUACGGGAGGAGUUCAUGAAACGCUUACGCAACGAAACUCGGGCGACCGUUCCGGGCCAGGCAUGAAUAUGCCACAACGACCAACUAACCUAGUGCUUGACAGUCCACGAAAGCACAUCAUCGAAACGAAAACGGAUUACGGCAAAUACAGUCGAAACAAUUCAGCAUCGCAGGCCGAUUACUCGAAACCCAACAAAGGACCGGCAAUGAUUGGUUCGCCAGGACAACCGCCCGGUGGUGCGAUGGGUGCCAACAUGGGUAACGGGGCACCAUUCAAACCUGUCCCUCCUCCAAAGCCUAAAAACUAUCGACCUCCAGUCGGUGGAGCUGGUACCAAUGGUUCCGGAAUGCAUCAUUCGGGACAGUGGGAUAAUGGGGAACCUAUUUCACCUCGCUCUCCCGAUGGAUUUUACUAUCCUCCAAUGGCUUCAUCGCACUAUCAUCAGGGCAUGGCUCACAAUGUGCCAAGCUCACCAAACAAUGCUGGAUCCCAUGCGCCGUCCAUGCAUCCCUACAAUCCGUACACGGUCGGAAAUGGUGCGAACGGUGGCAAUGGUGCCCCCAUGUACAACGGAAACGCCAACGGUAGUCAUUCUUAUAUGAGCAAUGGUGUCAGGGAGAUGGGAUCAAUGGGUGCAAGCAAUGGUUAUAACAGCGGUAACGCACAAUACCCCUACGGCAAUACUUACAUGCAUAGAGGUAAUGGGACUGGAACUCAUGGCAUAGGCAACAUGCCAGCAAUGCAUCCUUCGGAUCGACAUGCGCUCGAUCUCGCCGGUAGCCGAGAGCAGCGCGGUUCGGCAUUCGAACUUUAUCGAAAACCACAGCUUGGUACGAUGGUUGGGCACCACCACAACAUACGAGACAUGGAGCCAAUGAUGUCGAUCCAUGAGUUCAACCAACACCAGCAACAUCUGAUGCAUCAGGAACGGAUGCGCCAGUUACAGCAGCAACCAUUGCCACCGAUACCUGGACCACCGCCACGUGGCGCAUACCCGGGACACGAUUCAUCCCUACCGCCAGAGCUACCGGCAAAACCGCCGAAGAAAAAUAUUCUUAAAUCACCGCUGAAAGCGAUCAAGAAUGCAUUUAUCAAGUCUACCCGCCCGUUACGUCGCCAGGUAAGCCUGGCGGGUGAUGCGGAUAAAAAGUCACUCAGGCCGAUACUGAAACGGCAGCACUCGAUGAUGGAGCCACGAUCGGCACGAAUGCGCAUGCAAGAUCAGCGACAGCAGAUGUACGACCAGCGUUCAAUGUAUGCACAAGAGUUGCAACAGCAGCAAGCGUAUUACAACGAUCCACGCUAUUCGUCGUCCUAUCAGGGUCCAUAUUCACCCCAACCCGUUCGUGGGUUUCAGCGGCAUGAAGCGUACUAUCCGAAAGACGGCAACAGUACGUAUCAGAAUUUGGAGCUAGAAUCGAUGUACGGUAACAGCCAAGGUAGAGGAUAUUACGAUGGUGGUCAGCAAAGUGAUGGGCAAAGCUACUAUCAGCCGGACGAAAAUUUAUACGCCAAUCGGGCACUUAUUGAGCUAGAGCGUAGUCGUGCUCCCCUUGGACCGGGCGCUACGGUCAGCACACUUGGACGACGUAUAGUGCGCCGUCAUAGUAUGGCCGAUCGUACCGCACCCUCGCCUAGCUUCAAUCAACUGAACCGCCGAAGGAUGGGAUCCGAAAGGGCGCCUCAUCACGCUUCCAUAUUGGAUCACCAUCAUCAACGUGCGGCAAUGGCUACCAAUGCUAACGUGAGUCACGGCUCAAGUCACGACGAGUCGAUCUAUCAGAGCAAGAGUGGCUCGUUCCUGUACAAUGAAGCACGCGAGCACACGCGACGCACGUUCGAGGAGCCCGUCUACCAAAGCCGGCGCGAAAUGCACCGCGAUCAUCUGUACCAGAGCAAGCAACAGAUGCAAGAUCGCAUCCAACAAAGCCGGCUGGUAGAAAUGCAAUCACAGCAACAAUCGCAACAUCAGCCACAAGGAUCAUCGCCAGCUUCGGGUAACAGUGGCACAACAACAACCGCCACAAGCGAUCGCUUCGUUCGCAAUCAGGGUCUUGCUGCCGGUGGUGGUGGUGCUACUGCGAGUGGAUCGUGCUCCAGCUCUCCUAACUCACCGUCGAGCAGUUCCUGCAAGAGUGGAUACUCUUCAUCGCGAAAUGGAGGCGAAAUGCGCGAACGGCGGACGCAAAUGCGUGACCAAAUUUAUCAGUCCCGCAAAGAGGCGAUGGAAUCGAUGGCGGAACCAGUGUACGUUUCACGCCGGGAGUUAAAGCAUGAACCGAUUUAUGAGUCAAAGAACGAGCACGAGUCAGCAUCAUCCAACGUCGAAGUGAUAGAACAUCCGGUAGGUGAAAUGGAGAGACUUUGCUUAAACGAAGCCGAAGCAUCACACGACGAAACAAUGUCGGAAAAGCCUGAAACUCUCACCGCAACUAAAGUGGAUUGUCGCGAGGACCAGAAGCCCUCUGCCACUCCGUUGAUCAUCCGAAAGCCAUACACUUUGGGAGCUCCGCUAGCCGCCGAAGAAGAUGAUGAUGACGUGGAGGGCGACGAGGAAGAGCAGCAGGACAAAAGCGGCGAACGAACACUAACGGCAAACAAUCAGAACGAUUCCACCUUCGACAAGCUGAUGGCGCUGAACAGCCCCGGCAGCCCUGUUGCAACGUCGUCACCCGUACCGAGCACUAUGGGCACACCGAAAAGCAUCCGUGCGACGCAUAUAUCGAACUUUUUAAAACGGACUGCCCCGCCGGUUAUGCCACCACCUCCACCACCACCAACCGCUGCGGACUCGCUCAAUCGACCCGUACAUCCGGCAGUCACAGAAGCAGCAACAGUGUACGCCAGCCGUACAUCGAUCGAAACACAGUACACAACACCGGCCACCGGCUCGCAAAUGAGUCUUCCAAUUGGACCACCGAACGCGACCAGCACACCGUUCGCUAGUGAGCUUUCGCUUGGACUACCACCGCCCCGGCAACCCAUCACCCGGCGCGGCAUGUUCGAUGCGUCCGGUGGCAGCUUGGCCGACCCGAUCUGGAACGUUUCGCUGCAGAUUCCACCGGGAGCAAUUGCACCGGGCGUACAGCAGGAGAUCUACUUUACCGUCACCGAUCCGCGGCUAAGCGAAAGUGUUGGCGGACCACCGCUAGACAUGGAAAAUGGUGAAACGAUGCUGUCACCACUCGUAAUGUGUGGUCCUCAGGGAACAGAGUUUCUUAAACCGGUCACACUCAACAUACCACACUGUGCCGGGCGCACCGCUUCGCUAGGCCUAUCGCUAAAAGCCACCGAUAGCGAGAAGAACCUGCAGACCGAUUGGGAAGAUAUCGACCUGCCCAGCAAUACGGCGGCCCAUACCGUUUCGGUAAAGGUGGACCAUUUCUAG